AUGUCCGACUCGGCACUGAGCCACACGCCGGACCGGUUUAUAUUCUUGCCGUUCCGCCUCGGCGAAAAGGACAUCCCGGACUGGUCGUUGUGCUCGCGGUACGUUGCCACGUACCACGCGAGCAACAACACGACCACCGUCGAUGACGCCAUCAAAUCCAUGGCGGCGUACCACAACACGAUUGUGAAGACGUGCACCCUCCAUGAGUCGAAGCGGACGCCGAAUGAGAGCUUCAUCAAGCACACACUGCUGCGUUACUGCCGCCUGGUGGGGCAGGCUCAGGCCCACCUGCCGCUGCACAGCGGGCACGUGAGCAAAAACCUGAAGUUCGUCUGGUUUGACAGCUUCGAUGAAUCAACAAAGUAUGAGAGCACGAAUUCAAACUCGGAGCUGGUGAGCUGCGUGUACAACCUAGCCGCCUCGUACGUGUACGUGGCUGCGACGCAGGCGCACACGGGGUCCAUGGAUGAGGUGAAAGAGGCGUACAAGCACUUCCAGAACGCUGCCGGCUACUACGAAAUGGUCACCUCCAUGCUGGAUCGUCUGCCAUCGGAACAGCUCACGAAGGGCGACAUGAAGCGGGACUCGCUGGCGAUGCUCACUCGGCUGUGUCUCGCCCAGGCUCACCACUGCGGCUACCUCAAGGCAGAGGAGACGAUGAAAGGAAAGCAUGAUGUGCUCUCCAAGAUUGCCGCGGAGGCGGCGAAGCAGUAUGAGGACGUUCUCUCGUCUUUCAAGACCUCGGUAUGGCUGGCGAAGAAGGCGACCAACGCGAAGGAGGUCGAGGCCCACCUCGGCGCCAACGUCUGCAUCUUCAAGGCGCGCGCCCACCUUCACCUAGGCGUCAAGAAUGCGGAAGAAAGCGAGAUGGGCGUGGCCAUCGCGCACUACCGAAAGGCAAAGGCGCACCUGAUGAAGCUGCCCCGCAUGCCGACGCAGUCGCUGACGGUGUGGGUCAACAGCAUCGUCACAAGCGCCAACGCGGCCGAGGAGAAGGCGGAGAAAGCAAACACGUCCGUCUACUUCUCCCGCAUUCCGAAGGAGGUACCGGAGCCGGAGGGGUUGCCCCGCUCACUUGGCACCCCAACAGAGCAUCCGAGCUUUGUGUGUUUUGUGUCGACACGCGGCGAAGACCCCUUCUUCGGUAUCGUUCCCGCGCACAUUGCGAAGACGGUGAGCGCCUGGCGCGAGAAGCAGCGCAACCUGGUCAACGUCUGCACCUCCGCCGCCGCCAACGCGCGCAAGAGCACGCAGACGAAGUUUCAGACACUGGGGGUAGUGGCAGCCAUUCAGGCAAUGUCCGGCGAGUUUGAGGGUCGCGGCCGCGUGCCGGAGCCGCUGCGCUCGAGUAUUCUGAAGCUGCGGGAGGAGAACAAGAGCCAAAGUGGGGCCACCUACAGCGUGACCGACAUCCUCAUGAGCAACGUGAAUACAUGCAGUGAAAUGUACCAAGUUGCGGAUAGCAAGCUGAAGGAAGUGAGCGCAGAGUUGGAGAAGGACAGGAUGACGGAUAGGCGCUAUGUUGAGGCUUAUGGGGAGAAAAUGUGGCGUGCCGUGCACCCCGCCUCCGACCAAACACCGGACCACUGCACCAUCUUGGCUGCCAUCAGCGAGCACGAGAAGGGUCUGCAGCAGUGGUUAGUGGCGCCGUUCAACGAGGCGAAGAAGACACUAGCGGAAAACAUGCGCAACAUCGCACGCCUGGACUGGCCGAUUGCCGAUUUGGACGCGCUGAUGCCGUUCGUGGAGACCAAGGAGGCACGCCAGCAGUCAGGCAAGGUCAUGGAGUUAGUGGCGAAGCUGAAGGAGUUAGUGGAGGCGAAGGUGCGCAUCGAGAGCGAGCAAGCGACGGUGGAAAAGGUGCUGCACGAUAAACUGGAGUCUGACGACGUCGUUUUCGGCAUUUCCUCCGUCGAGUCAACGCAGCGUGACACGAUGCUGGAGAAGGCCUCCAAAGACAUCUCGGACGUGAUCGAGAAGGUGAACGAGAAGGUGCGGCAGGAGCGGGAACUGGUGCCCAAGGUCGAGGAGCUGAUGGAGCAGAUUGGCACUCUACAGAGUACUGACCCUCUCUCUGCAGAGAUUCAGAAGGUGUCUAACGGGCUCGAAAACGCUUGCUCCAUCUAUCAGGAGCUCAUGAAGGACUUCGCCAGCAUGGUGCAGUACGGCUCCAAGGCUGUGGACGAGAUCGACGCUACUCUCAGAAAUGCCAAGUCCUACACGAUGAGUCGCGAGCUUCAGGCGCAGGAGGUGCAGAGCCGUCUGGAUGAGCAGAUUGCGGCGAGGAUAAACCAGAUGCAAGACGUAGAGGGCCAAAUCGCCGAAUCGCGCCGGCGCCAAGAACUCCUACAGCAGCAGAUUGCCUCGCUGGAGCAACAAGCGACGCAGCAGCCCGCAUACCAGUACCUAGCGUCGCCUCUGCAGCAGCCGUACCAGCCGCUGCCACAGCAACACCAGUACCACCAGACGGCCCCAGCAUCGGCCGCGGCAUAUCAGUACCCUCCCCCGAUCAUGCAGCAGCCACCGCUUCAGCAGCAGCAGCCUGUUCCGCCGUCGUACGAUCAACUCAGUAGCAUGACCUCCGUACCAGUGGCGCAGCCACCACCACCGCAGCAGACGAAUGCGUACCAGUAUCCACCGUCAUCACUUCCGCAGCCUGCCAGUCCAAGCUGCCCCUCGUACAAGCCGCCAUUUACACUGUAG